AGCGGAUACGGAGGGGAACCGAGAAAAAGUCUCUCUUUUUUUGGCCUUUCCCCUUUGCUGAAAUCUUUGCAUUCUGUCGGGGACUAAUUGAAAACCGCGCGACAACUCCGGUUUUCACCGUUCGAGGGGGGCCGCGGACCGGAGAGGACUCACGCGCUCAGGAAGAAGAAACCCAGGUUCAUCAUUUGACUGGGCAGGAGGGCCGUCACUAAAACAUUGGUUUACAUCAGGUGUGAGUCGGGUGGAGGUGCAGAGCAGCAAUCAUGGUGGCUCUGUCAUUAAAGAUCGGCGUGGGGAAUGUGGUGAAAACCAUGCAGUUUGAGCCCUCCACCAUGGUCUACGACGCCUGCCGCAUCAUCAGGGAGAGGGUUCCUGAGGCGCAGCUCGGCCAGCCCAAUGACUAUGGGCUGUUUCUGUCUGAUGAAGACCCAAAGAAAGGCAUCUGGCUGGAGGCUGGAAAGGCCCUGGACUACUACAUGCUGAGGAAUGGGGACACUCUGGAAUACAAGAAGAAGCAGAGGCCUCUGAAGAUCCGCAUGUUGGAUGGCACGGUGAAGACUGUCAUGGUGGACGACUCCAAGAUUGUUAGUGACAUGCUCAUGACCAUCUGUGCUAGAAUAGGUAUUACAAACUAUGACGAGUACUCACUGGUGCGAGACAUUGGCGAGGAGAAGAAGGAGGAGACCACAGGCACCCUGAAAAGAGACAAGACUCUGCUAAGAGACGACAAGAAGAUGGAGAAGCUCAAGCAGAAGCUCCACACAGACGAUGAGUUGAACUGGUUGGACCAUGGUAGGACGUUGAGGGAACAGGGUGUGGAGGAGACAGAGAUGUUGCUGCUGAGGAGGAAGUUCUUCUACUCGGAUCAGAACGUGGACUCCAGAGACCCCGUCCAGCUCAACCUGCUCUAUGUACAGGCCCGUGAUGACAUUCUGAACGGAUCCCAUCCUGUCUCCUUUGACAAGGCCUGUGAGUUUGCAGGCUAUCAAUGUCAGAUUCAGUUCGGUGACCACAACGAGUCCAAACACAAGCCUGGAUUCUUAGAUUUGAAGGAGUUCCUUCCCAAAGAGUACAUCAAGAACAAAGGAGAGAAAAAGAUCUUUCAGGCACAUAAAAACUGUCAGAACAUGACUGAGAUCGAGGCCAAAGUUAGCUAUGUGAAGCUGGCCAGAUCUCUGAAAACCUAUGGUGUGUCGUUCUUUCUGGUCAAGGAGAAAAUGAAGGGUAAGAACAAACUGGUGCCUCGUCUGCUGGGUAUCACCAAGGAGAGUGUGAUGAGGGUGGACGAGAAGACCAAGGAGGUGAUCCAGGAGUGGAACCUGACCAACAUCAAGCGAUGGGCUGCCUCACCCAAGAGCUUCACCCUGGAUUUUGGAGACUACCAGGACGGUUACUACUCUGUGCAGACCACUGAGGGAGAGCAGAUAGCUCAGCUUAUCGCUGGUUACAUCGACAUCAUUCUUAAAAAGAAAAAGAGCAAAGACCACUUUGGCUUGGAGGGAGAUGAGGAGUCCACCAUGCUGGAAGACUCUGUGUCACCCAAAAAGUCCACUGUGUUGCAGCAGCAGUUCAACAGGGUGGGUAAGGUGGAGACGGGCUCUGUGGCCCUGCCAGCCAUCAUGCGCUCAGGAGCUGGAGGACCGGAGAGCAUCCACAUGGGUUCCAUGCCUCAGGCCAAGCAACACAUCACCACUGGACAGAUGCACAAAGGACACAUGGCUCCGCUGACUUCAGCUCAGCAGGCCUUGACUGGAACCAUCAACUCCAGCAUGCAGGCUGUCCAGGCAGCCAAAGCCUCUCUGGAUGACUUCGAUACCCUGCCUCCACUGGGAGAAGAUGCUGCGUCCCAAGCCUGGCGCAAAAACAAGAUGGACGAGUCCAAGCAUGAGAUCCACUCCCAGGUUGAUGCAAUCACAGCAGGCACAGCCUCCAUGGUCAACCUCACUGCAGGCGAUCCAGCUGAGACGGACUACACGGCCGUGGGCUGUGCCGUUACCACAAUCUCCUCCAACCUCACAGAGAUGUCAAAGGGCGUCAAACUACUGGCAGCGCUCAUGGAGGAUGAAGGAGCAAACGGGCAGCAGCUGCUGGGUGCCGCCAAGAACCUGGCUUAUGCUGUCUCUGAGAUGCUCAAGACCGCCCAACCUGCAAACACAGAGCCUCGUCAGAACCUGCUGCAGGCUGCAGGAAACGUGGGCCAGGCCAGUGGAGAGCUGCUGUCACACAUAGGAGAGACGGACACUGAUCCACAGUUCCAGGACAUGCUGAUGCAGCUGGCCAAAGCGGUGGCUAACGCUGCAGCGGCUCUGGUGCUCAAAGCUAAGAACGUGGCCCAGAAGACAGAGGACUCAGCCCAGCAGAACCGGGUCAUUGCAGCAGCCACUCAGUGUGCUCUGUCCACCUCUCAGCUGGUCGCCUGCACCAGGGUGGUGGCUCCAACCAUCAGCUCCCCCGUGUGCCAGGAGCAGCUGAUUGAGGCCGGCAAGCUGGUGGCCAAGUCAGUGGAGGGCUGCGUAGAAGCAUCACAGGGGGCCACCAACGACGAGGGCCUCCUGAAACAGGUGGGCGCGGCCGCACAAGGUGUCACCCAGGCCCUCAACGAGCUGCUUCAGCACAUCAAACAGUACGCCAGCGGAGGGCAUCCCAUCGGACGGCACGGAGAGGCCACCGACCGCAUUCUGGAUGUCACAGAGAACAUCUUCAGCUCCAUGGGAGACGCUGGUGAGAUGGUUCGUCAGGCUCGUAUCCUUGCUCAGGCCACGUCCGACCUGGUUAAUGCCAUCAAGAUGGAUGCAGAGGGAGAGUCCGAUCUGGAGAACUCGCGCAAGCUUCUCUCUGCCGCCAAACUCCUGGCUGAUGCCACCGCCAAGAUGGUGGAGGCUGCCAAGGGUGCAGCAGCUAACCCUGACAGCGAGGAGCAGCAGCAGAGGUUGCGAGAGGCUGCUGAAGGUCUCCGCAUGGCCACCAACGCCGCCGCCCAGAAUGCUAUCAAGAAGCGGCUGGUCAACAAGUUGGAGAAUGCAGCCAAACAAGCGGCGGCAGCAGCCACUCAGACUAUAGCCGCUGCCCAGCACGCGGCCUCGACCAACAAGAACCAGGCGGCCCAGCAGCAGCUCGUACAAAGCUGCAAGGUGGUGGCCGAGCAGAUCCCUCAGCUGGUCCAGGGAGUCAGAGGCAGCCAGUCUCAGCCCGACAGCCCCAGCGCUCAGCUCGCUCUCAUCAGUGCCAGCCAGAACUUCCUGCAGCCUGGUGCCAAGAUGGUUACAGCCUCCAAAGCCACUGUUCCCACCAUCAGUGACCAGGCCUCAGCUAUGCAGCUCAGCCAGUGUGCCAAGAACCUGGCCAGCGCCUUGGCAGAGCUCCGCACGGCCUCACAGAAGGCUCAGGAAGCUUGUGGUCCUCUGGAGAUAGACAACGCUCUGUCAAUGGUGAGAAAUCUGGAGAAGGACAUCCAAGAGGCCAAAGCUUCAGCUGAAGAGGGCAAACUCAAGCCGCUGCCAGGAGAGACGCUCGAGAAGUGCUCACAGGAUCUGGGUACCAGCACCAAGGCUGUGAGCUCAGCCAUCGCCCAGCUGCUGAGUGAAGCCACACAAGGAAACGAGAACUACACAGGCAUGGCAGCCAGGGACGUGGCCCAGGCUCUGAAGUCUUUGGCCUCAGCCGCCAGAGGAGUCGCCGCCAACACCAAGGAAUCAGCACCACGCAGCGCCAUGCUGGACUGCGCCGGUGACGUCAUGGAUAAGUCCGGUAACCUGAUUGAAGAAACCAAGAGGGCCAUUGCCAAACCAGGAGAUGCAGAGAGUCAACAGAGGCUGGCCCAGGUGGCCAAGGCUGUAUCUCAGGCCCUGAACAGAUGUGUCAACUGCCUGCCUGGCCAGAGGGAUGUGGACAACGCCAUCCGCACCGUGGGCGAAGCCAGCAAGUCUCUCCUGGCGGACUCGUUCCCAUCCAGUGGAAGGAGCUUCCAAGAGGUUCAGGCUCACCUCAACGAGGUGGCAGCCGGUCUAAACCAGUCGGCCAAUGAGGUCGUUCAGUCAUCCAGAGGGACCACGCAGGACCUGGCCAGGGCCACCAGCAAGUUCGGACAGGACUUCAGCAACUUCCUGGACGCUGGUGUCGACAUGGCUGGAACAUCCCAGUCUAAAGAGGACCAGACGCAGGUUGUGUCCAACCUGAAGACAAUCUCCAUGUCAUCAAGCAAGCUCCUACUGGCAGCAAAGGCCCUGUCCACCGACCCCAGCUCCCCCAACCUCAAGAACCAGCUAGCAGCAGCUGCUCGGGCAGUUACAGACAGUAUCAACCAGCUCAUCACCAUGUGCACUCAGCAGGCUCCGGGUCAGAAGGAGUGUGAUAAUGCUCUCAGAGAGCUGGAGUCUGUGAGGGGGAUGUUGGAGAACCCGACUGAAGCCGUUACUGAACAGUCGUACUUUGACUGCAUCGACAGCGUCAUGGAGAACUCAAAGGUUCUGGGCGAGUCCAUGGCUGGCAUUUCCCACAAUGCCAAGAACUCAAACCUGCCAGAGUUUGGUGAUUCAGUCAGUGCUGGCUCUAAAGCCCUGUGUGGACUCACUGAAGCAGCUGCACAGGCUGCCUAUCUGGUGGGAGUAUCCGACCCCAACAGUACAGCAGGUCAGAAAGGCCUGGUGGACCCCGCUCAGUUUGCUCGGGCUAAUCAGUCUAUUCAGAUGGCCUGCCAGAACCUGGUAGACCCAGCCUGCACCCAGUCUCAGGUGCUCUCAGCAGCCACCAUUGUGGCCAAACACACCUCUGCGCUGUGUAACGCCUGCCGCCUGGCCUCCUCCAAGACUCCUAAUGCCGUCGCCAAGAGGCAGUUUGUCCAGUCAGCCAAAGAGGUGGCCAACACCACUGCCAACCUGGUGAAAUCCAUAAAGGCUUUGGAUGGAGCCUUUAACCAUGAGAACAGAGAGAAGUGUAGAGCUGCCACUGGUCCUCUGAUAGAAGCCGUGGACAACCUGACAGCCUUCGCCUCCAACCCAGAGUUCGCCAGCAUUCCUGCUCAGAUCAGCCCUGAGGGUCAUGCAGCCAUGGAGCCUAUCGUGGCGGCAGCAAAGACCAUGCUGGAAAGCUCAACCGGCCUGAUCCAGACUGCCCGCUCCCUGGCAGUCAACCCCAAAGACCCCCCCAAAUGGUCAGUUCUGGCAGGACACUCCAGGACUGUGUCAGACUCCAUCAAGAAACUCAUCACCAACAUGAGAGAGAAGGCUCCAGGCCAGAGAGAAUGCGACGACGCUAUUGAGGUGCUGAAUGGCUGCAUCCGUGAAGUUGACCAGGCCUCUCUGGCUGCUAUAAGCCAGCAGCUAACACCUCGGGAGGACAUCUCUAUGGAGACCCUCCACGAGCAGAUGGCGGCCUCAGUCCAUGAGAUCAGCAACUUGAUCGAUCCUGUAGCCGUGGCUGCUCGAUCUGAAGCUUCACAUCUGGGACACAAGGUAUCUCAGAUGGCCAGCUACUUUGAGCCUCUGAUCAUGGCAGCCAUUGGCACGGCGUCCAAGAUCGUCAGCAGCCAACAGCAGAUGGCUGUCUUAGACCAGACUAAAACCCUGACAGAGUCGGCCCUGCAGAUGCUCUACACUGCCAAGGAGGCUGGAGGAAACCCCAAGGCAGCACACAUGCAAGACGCCCUGGAAGAGUCGGUACAGAUGAUGAAGGAGGCAGUGGAUGAUCUGGGUGCCACGCUGGCUGAGGCCGCCAGUGCAGCAGGUGCAGUGGGUGGCAUGGUGGACUCCAUCAACGAUGCCAUCAAUAAGAUGGAAGAUACACCUACUCUUGAACCUGAAGGCACCUUCGUGGACUACCAGACUACCAUGGUUAAGACGGCCAAGGCCAUCGCCGUCACUGUGCAGGAGAUGGUGACCAAGUCUAACACCAACCCAGAUGAUCUCGGAGGACUGGCCAACCAGCUGACCAAUGAGUUUGGUAACCUGGCAGAUGAGGCCAAAUACGCAGCCGUGACUGCAGAGAAUGAUGAAAUUGGUUCUCAUAUUAAGAAGCAGGUUGGAGAGUUGGGUUUCAGUUGCACAGGUUUGGUGACCAAAGCUGGAGCUCUGCAGUGCAGUCCCAACGACUCCUUCACUAAAAAGGAGCUGAUUGAAAGCGCCCGCAAAGUCUCUGAGAAGGUUUCCCAUGUGUUGGCAUCCCUGCAGGCCGGCAACCGUGGCACCCAGGCCUGCAUCACAGCAGCCAGCGCUGUGUCAGGAAUCAUUGCAGAUCUCGACACCACCAUCAUGUUUGCCACUGCUGGUACUCUGAACAGAGAGAACGCAGAGACCUUCGCUGACCACAGAGAAUGCAUCCUGAAGACAGCUAAGGCUCUGGUGGAGGACACCAAAUUGUUGGUGUCUGGUGCUGGAGCCAGUCAGGAGAAACUGGCCCAGGCUGCCCAGUCAUCAGUGUGCACCAUUACCAAACUGGCAGAAGUGGUCAAACUGGGAGCUGCCAGCCUGGGUUCUGAAGACCCAGAGACUCAGGUGGUUUUGAUCAAUGCAGUGAAGGAUGUGGCCAAAGCUCUGGGUAACCUCAUUAGCACCACCAAGGCAGCUGCAGGCAAGCCUCAUGAUGACCCCAGUAUGCUGCAGCUAAAGAAUUCUGCUAAGGUGAUGGUGACCAAUGUAACAUCCCUCCUGAAGACUGUGAAGGCAGUAGAGGAUGAAGCCACGAAGGGAACCAGAGCUCUGGAGGCCACUAUCGAGCACAUCAAGCAGGAGCUGACUGUGUUCAGCAGUUCUGAUCCACCACCAAAGACAACCACACCAGAGGAAUUCAUUCGCAUGACUAAAGGAAUCACGAUGGCAACAGCAAAGGCAGUGGCUGCUGGGAACUCUUGUCGCCAGGAAGAUAUCAUUGCCACGGCCAACCUCAGCAGAAGAGCCAUUGCUGACAUGUUGCACUCCUGCAAGCAAGCUGCCUAUCACCCAGAGGUCAACAAGGAGGUGCAGAUGAGAGCUCUGCGCUAUGGCAGUGAAUGUGCUACUGGAUACCUGGGGUUGCUGGAGCAUGUUCUGGUGCCGAUCAUCCAGAAGCCCACUCACGAUCUGAAGCAGCAGCUGGCCGGCUACUCGAAGCGGGUGGCAGGCUCUGUCACUGAGCUCAUCCAGGCGGCUGAGGCCAUGAAAGGAACAGAGUGGGUGGACCCUGAGGAUCCGACUGUCAUCGCAGAGAAUGAGCUGUUGGGAGCAGCGGCAGCCAUUGAAGCCGCUGCCAAGAAACUGGAGCAGCUGAGGCCGAGGACCAAACCCAAGGAGGCAGAUGAGAGCCUGAACUUUGAGGAGCAGAUUCUGGAGGCUGCCAAGUCCAUCGCUGCAGCCACCAGUGCUCUGGUCAAAGCUGCUUCAGCAGCGCAGAGAGAGCUGGUGGCUCAAGGGAAGGUGGGAGCUAUCCCAGCCAAUGCGGUAGAUGAUGGGCAGUGGUCUCAGGGCCUGAUUUCAGCUGCCCGAAUGGUUGCCGCAGCAACCAACAACCUGUGCGAGGCUGCCAACUCCGCAGUGCAAGGACACGCCAGUGAGGAGAAGCUCAUCUCAUCAGCCAAGCAGGUGGCAGCAUCCACUGCUCAGCUGCUGGUGGCCUGCAAGGUUAAGGCUGACCAAGACUCCCAGACAAUGAAGAGACUCCAGGCGGCUGGAAAUGCUGUGAAGAGAGCCUCUGACAACCUGGUCAAAGCAGCACAGAAAGCAGCAUUUGAAGCUCAGGAUGACCAGGCUGUGGUGGUCCAGAGUAAGAUGGUGGGAGGCAUUGCUCAGAUCAUUGCGGCUCAGGAGGAGAUGUUGCGGAAAGAAAGGGAGCUGGAGGAGGCCAGGAAGAAGCUGGCCAUGAUCAGACAGCAGCAGUACAAGUUCCUUCCUUCUGAGCUGCGGGAGGACGGCCAAGAACAGUGAGCUGUGUCAUCCGUAAUGCAGAAGUCAUCCUUGGAAUGCUCAGGACCUUUCCUCAGCUCAUGCUUCAGUAGAAAUGUAAUAUUAGGCAGACUCACUCUAUUUCCACAGUAAUGUAUCAGGAGGGUUUUUAUCAAUCUGUUUCUGUAUUUAAUUUUCAAAGUCUAAAGCAUAACGAUGCCAAUAAUUAUGAAUUUUAUAAUACUGAGAUAUAUGUGCCUUAAGUCCUUAUCAAGGUAUCUAUGCUUUUGAUUACAUAUGAUUAUAUACAUUUCAAUAUAUCUGCCUUUUUCAUCUUUUUUUUCUUCAAGUUUGUGUGUACAUGUUAUGUGGCUUAGUAAAUUUACAAAGUCCUGCCAGGAAAUUCUGCUCGCCUUCACUGUUAGAACUUUACUGUUACAUCUUAGAGAUGUGAAGGCAAGCAUAAUUUAUGCUUCUUGCCAUUUAAGCCUAAUCUAUGCAAAGUUGUAUGCAGAUUAUUUUUGUGUGUGCGCGUAAACUGAAAAACAGCCUUGAUGCGUAGGUGAUGCUUCUUCGUGAAGCCAGGGGUCUAGGGUCACAUGACAGUGAUGAUAUCCAGUAUGUUGCUUAUCAAACUAUUUAAAGUUGAACAACAAAAUACAAAUUUUAAGGUUAGAUUUGAAAAAAAUGAAAAUAAAAAAUACUGCGUUGUAACAAAUCAAAAACAAAGAAAAUUCAUGUUUUUUUGAUAUAAAAGAAUGAUAUAUGAAAUGUAUUAAAAAGCUAUGAUCUGAUAAGUUGCUAUCUUAUUUGUGUGUUAGGAUUUAAGCAGCUCCAGUAUUUAGAUCUGGAUUACAUUCGUGUAAUGAUCAUGAAGCCAUAUAUUUAAUUUCAAAAGCUUUUGACAUCAAAUUGACUGUAUUUGGGUGCUCAGUGUUUAUUUACUUACUCCAAUAACAUGUUAUCUGUGCCAAAAUUUGUGUUGGAUGCGUUUCCAUCUUCUGUAGAAUUCCUGUCCCAGUAAUAACGCUGGUCUGGCAUAUAUCUGUUGAUGUUUUGCUAAUGAAUCCUUUGUCAGAUAUGACUUAUAGAGUUUAGCUUAUUACCAAGAGCCUUAUGUUCACACACUCUUAUAGUGUAUAAACGCUAUAUUUGUUCUCAUAGUGCCUUUACUUGAUCAAGUCAAGUAUAAAUAUCUGAUUUCAUUUACCCUUUAUGUGCACUUAAAUGUCAGAUCACAGUUUAAAAUCAUCUUUACAUCACAUGUGGCUUUAUUUUCUUUGACGUUUUUGUUUUUAGAGCGAAUAGCUAGAGCAGUAUGCAGAACAUGACCAGAGCCUUUUGUUCAAAUUUUGACUUUACUGUGCUAUAAUUAGAAUGCUGGUGCACACUAGUACGACCUGAUGGGCACUGUAACAGAGAUUUAUAUUCAAUAAAGCCAGUUUUCAGUGA